AGUCAGCUGUGCACUCCACUGCUUACAAUUAUUGCGCUUUACGGACCCACUCUGUGUUUUUGCUGAGGAACCUUGGUGAUAUCUUUCUAUAUGCCUAUUAUUGCUGAAUACCUUUACCUUGCAGCAUUAUUGCAAUAUUGCUCUCUCUUCCUUGCAUUCUCAAAACCCAAUCACUCACUGAUUUAUUUGCUGUUGUUCUGAUCAUCCUACCAUGGCUGAAGCACUUCUUUCUGGCUUCAUCAACGUCAUCGUUAAGAGGCUCAUUUCACCUGAGUUUAUCAACUUGGUGGUGGGCAAGAAGCUGGACCGGAAGUUGGUUGACAGGCUGAGGACGGCUAUCUUGGCUGCAGAAGCUCUGGUUGCUGACGCUGAGCAGAAGCAGUUUGGAAAUGAUCGUGUGCGGAAAUGGCUUCAUAGUCUCAGAGAUGCUCUCUACACUGCUGAUGACUUGCUGGACCGUCUCUUCAUCAAAGCUGCAAUUCGCAACAAGGCACGCAUUCGUCGUCCUCACUUCCUUGAUUUGUCUGCUAGGAAGAUGGUGACUAAGAUAGAAGAUGUGGUUGAAAGAAUAGUAGAUCUUGAGAGAUGCAAAGAUACCCUUGGUCUGAGAGAGAUUCCAACGGGAAGCUCCUCAUGGAGACCUCCAUCGACUUCUCUUGUGAAGGGGAAUGUGUUCGGCAGGGAUGGUGACCAACAGGCACUAAUCAAGAUGCUCAAUGACAAUAAUGAUCAUAACUUGUCUGUCAUCUCUAUUGUUGGUAUGGGCGGGGUUGGUAAAACUACUUUAGCACAAUGCGUGUACAACAAUAUGGAUUUGAUGGAUGGGGUUGAUCUGAAAGCAUGGAUUUGUGUUUUUGAAAAUUUUGAUGUUGUUGAGACUACAAAGAAUGUUAUAAGGGGAAUCUCUUCAGGUGUUUGUAGUCUUGAAAGCUUUGAUUUACUUCAACAAGAUUUGAAGGAAAAACUGUCAGAAAAGAAGUUCUUCAUUGUUUUGGACGAUGUUUGGAGUGAAGAUGCCGACAAGUGGAAUAGUUUUAUCGUCCCUUUUCAACAUGGGAGAAAGGGAAGCACUAUUCUUCUCACUAGCCGGGAGGAAAAUGUUGGUCCAACUGUCCAAAAUUAUAGCACUUACUCUCUCAAGGGACUGUCGAAUGAUUAUUGUUGGUCUAUUUUCGCGGACAAUGCAUCCUUUCCUGAAUCAAAUGGGAGCUCAGAACUGGAAGGAAUAGGUAGAAAGAUUGUCGAGAGAUGUGAUGGCUUGCCGUUAGCUGCAGAAACACUUGGACGCUUGUUGCGCUCAGAGCAUCGUGUUGAAGAAUGGAAUAAUAUACUAUUCAGUGACAUUUGGGAAUUUCCUGCGGCAAAUUGUAAGAUUGUUCCUGCAUUGUUAAUAAGUUACUAUCAUCUGCCUGCUCAUUUAAAACACUGCUUUGUUUAUUGUUCAUUGUAUCCCAAAGAUCAUAAACUUGAUAAAGAUGAACUAAUCUUGCUGUGGAUGGCUGAAAAUCUUUUACGACCACCAAAGAAGGGAGAGACUUUAGAAGAAGUUGGUUGCGAGUGUUUUGAUCACUUGGCUUCAAGGCUAUUUUUCAAGCGGGUCCAAUAUGGUGAUAAGUAUUUUGUGAUGCAUGAUCUCAUGCAUGACUUGGCAACUUUUCUUGCUGGAGAUCUUUAUUAUAGAUUCUCAGAACUUGGUGAAAAGGAAGAGAUGAGUAUUCUAACUCAUCAUUUGUCAUACGAUCAUUCAAUCCCUAAGAAAACAUGCUCCUCUAGUAAAAUAGAAUCUUUGAGGACAUUGUUGUAUAUCAAUCAUCGAGCUGGUUUCUUGAAAGCACACACAAUGUUACCAUGUGAUAUGUUGUCAAAGAACAAAUACUUGAGAGUUUUGUCCUUUGGUAGACUGGAUAUAUUUCCUGAUCCAAUAGAUAAAUUGAUCCAAUUGCGCUAUUUGGAUCUCUCUUGGAGUAAUAUUGAGGUAUUGCCGCAGUCGUUAUGCAACUUGUGCAAUCUACAAACUUUAAAGUUAGAAGGCUGUUCAAAGCUGACUAUGCUGCCCAAUGGCAUGUAUAAUCUUGUGAAUUUGCGGCAUCUUGAUAUAAGGGGUACUCGUCUGAAAGAAAUGCCAAAAGGAAUGGGCAAAUUAAAACAGUUGCACAUUUUAAGUUACUACAUCGUAGGCAAGUCUGAAGACAAUGGAAUCCAAGAGUUAGGAGGGCUUUUAAAUCUUCAUGGAAUACUUGGGAUUCAAAAAUUGGAGAAUGUAGUUGAUGGCAAUGAGGCAAGGAGUGCAAGGAUAAUAGAUAAGAAGCACAUUGACGAGUUAUUGUUGGAAUGGUCUGCAGGUGAUGAUAUGGUUUCAGAUGCACAAAAUCAAAGAGACAUACUCCAAAACUUGCAACCGCACACUGACUUGAAAGUGUUGAGAAUCAAGGGAUACAAAGUUAAAACAUUUCCAGACUGGAUGGGGCAUUCUUCCUACAACAAUAUUACAAGUGUAUCUUUGGAGUCUUGCAAGAACUGCUGCGUGCUGCCUUCACUUGGACAACUACCAUCUCUUAAGUCCCUAAGCAUCAAAAGAUUUGGUGAGCUGAAGAGCAUUGGCAAGGAGUUUUACAAGAAUGAAGGCCAUCAACAUUCUUUGCCUAUUACACCGUUUCCCUCACUGGAGCAUUUGGAGUUUCGUAACAUGCCAUGUUGGGAGGAGUGGCACUUACCUGAAUCAAAAGCUUUUCCUUGGUUUAAGAGCCUUCGAAUAAAUGGUUGUGCAAUGUUAAAGGGAGAUAUGGUUAAUCAGGUAUUAAUGAGAAUCGUUUUUUCCUCAUCGAAUGUUUCCAAAGUGCGCAAACUGGAAAUAGAAGAUUUAGAAACAUCGGAUAAAGAGAUGAGACUUGAUGGAGAUAGGUUAUCAAUUAGUGGAUUUGAAUGGUUGGUGGAGUGUGCAUUUAAGGCAAGGAUCCACCAUCUAACUUCCCUCCAACAAAUACAUAUCUCAUACUGUUCAUCUGUUGUGUCCUUGGGGAGCAAUUGUUUACCCAAAUCUUUGCAAAUGCUUAAAAUCGAUCGUUGCCGCCAAAUUGAAUUACUCCAGCAACAACAGAAGUAUGAUUUGGUAGAUCUACAAAUAGAAUACAGUUGUGAUUCACUGACCUCAUUGUCGUUGGAUGCCUUUCCCAAUCUCGAGAAUCUCCGGAUAAUAGGGUGCUCAAAUCUGGAAUCAGUGUCAAUGUCAGAGCCACCACACGCUGCUCUUCAACGUCUCUCCAUCGAUAGGUGCGACAAAUUUAUGUCAUUUCCCCAAGAAGGACUGGCUACACCCAACUUGACUUAUCUCAGUGUUAGCUGGUGCUCGAAGUUGGAGGCAUUACCACGUGACAUGAAUACUCUUCUCCCAAAUUUAGAGUCUCUGGACAUACGAGGUUCCCCAAACAUUUGCAGGUCGCCAGAGGCUGGUUUGCCGCCUAACCUGAAACAUCUUGGUGUAGGAAAUUGCGAGGAACAAGUGAGGGGUCUAUCAUGGAUGGGAAACUUGGACAACCUCACUUAUCUCAUGAUUGUUGGCGAUGGUAGGGAGAGCAGAAUAAAGUCAUACCCAGAGGUGGGUUCGCUGCCUCACCUUCCCUCCCUUAUCACUCUUGAGAUGUGGUUCUUCAAUAAUCUGGAGACAUUGGAGUGCAACGAGCUUCUCCGCCUCACCUCCCUCCAACAUUUACACAUUGUACGCUGUGAUAAACUGAAGAAUAUGGAAGGAGAAAAGCUGCCUCCCUCUCUCUUACUACUUCAACUUGACGACUGUCAUUCGCUGGGCGAAGACUGCAAGAGCAAGCAUCAACAAAUUUGGUCCAAAAUUUCGCACAUCCCCACCAUUAAAGUCGAUGACAGACAAAUUUUCUGAGCAGGAGGUUGAGCACAUAUCGACAUGCAAUCCCAUACAUUGGCUAUACAUCUUCAUUUAAUUCUAAGUUCACUUGAGGUGGUAAUUAAUCUGGAUUGAUGUGUUCGAAAACAAAAACUGUAUUUUCUGAUUUUGGCUUCAAGUUAUUGAAAAGCAAAGACAUGAUGGAGAAAGCUGGUGGCACUCAUUAUUGAAAAGCUUUUGUUGUUGAUUUCCCAAGGUGAUGAAUAGCUAAUGCAGUCAAGAUUCAAAGAAUAUACUUUCUGCAUUUAAAGAUGACAAUCCUGUACAUGAAAUAGUCAUUAGAAGGAGAAGUUAUAGUGAUGCCAUCAGACAACAAGUUCAUUCAUAUCAACUUCACUCAAUGGAAGUAAAUAUUGAGGUCUUGUAACCUUAUCUAAAUUAUCUUCAUUCAAUCCAAAGUUCAUCAGAAGAGGUGCUAUGUAAUUUUAGCUUCAGAAAAUAUUAGGUCGGGGAUUUGAGUGUUUGAUCGCUUGGAUUCUGCUGGGAAUGUCAAGCUUACUAGUUCCUCUUUUGAAAAUCAUUCACUAUAAAUCUGCAGUUGGGAAGUGGUUCAAUGGUGGUUUGGACUGAAAUUUCGAUAGCAAGUUCUAGAUGUACUUUUUCAUUCCGAAUGGUUGGAGGAUUAAGAUAAGAUUUGGAGGGUGAGAUAUGGCUCUGGUUUUGUAAAUUUUUCAUCUUUUUGGUUCACAUUUAUAUGCUGUGGUGCUUGAUUGUUUUGACUUAAUGUAAGCAUUUGAUUUGUUUACUUAUUUGAGAUUCUCUUGUAUCCUUUCUUAAUUAUAGUGAUACUUCUUGUUUGGUCCGAGUGAC